AUGGCUUCAACACCUUGUGCAGCUUGCAAGCUCCUGAGAAGAAAAUGCACUCAAGAAUGCGUCUUUGCGCCCUAUUUUCCACCAACUCAGCCUCAAAAGUUUAUCUAUGUCCACAGAGUCUUUGGAGCAAGCAAUGUAACCAAGAUCCUCAACGAUCUCUCACCUAUCAACCGCGAAGACGCAGUUAAUUCCCUCUACUAUGAAGCUGAGGCACGUAUCCGUGACCCAAUCUAUGGAUGCGUUGGUCUCAUCUCUUUCUUGCAGCAAUGUCUCAAGAAAAUUCAACAAGAUCUUGUCACUGCUAAAGAAGAGCUUGCUGGUUACAUAGGACCAGAUGCUGCGAUUCCGCAACAGCCUUAUCUUCCUCCUCUAGGCAACAAUCCUCCACCAAAUUUCAUGAUGGCUAUGGAAGGAAUGCCACAUGGAGUGAUCCCUCAAGGAGAUCCGUUGAUCAACAUGUCUCAUCAUCAACAUCAACAUCAACACCAACCGCAAGAUGAGCAGUUGCAGCUCAGUGCUGCUGAUGCACAGAGAAUGGCUGCAAUGAUUUUGGACAGAGGAGAUCAACAAGGGAUGUUCAAUGGUUAUGGAAUAGACAACAAUGUUUCAGUUACUGCCACAGGUUAUAACCAGAUGGAUGUGAAUGAUCACGGUGCUAGUGGGUCGUUGUCUGGACCAUCUCUUGCUUUAGGAAACUUUGGUGAGGCUUAUCAAAUGGGUCAAGAGACAGAGCAGCAUCAUAUCAACCAUGAUCAGCUUCAGACACAGCUCAUGCUUCAGCCUCCAUUACAGGAAGGUCAAGAGCAAAGUGAAGGACAGUUUCUGAUGCAGCAAAUGGGACAAGAGAAUCUCCAUGAAGAAGAGGAGGAGGAAGAGCUUGAGCCUCCGGUUAAAUGGAGGAAGUCUGAAAACAAGGAAGCUAGUUAUUAA